AUGUCACAACGAUUUCACAACUUUGCGCGGGAAACAGGCGUGGUUUCGCUCCGAGCGUUGGCAGCAGAAUGGCCGCCAUGUGACGCAUCCACGUUUUUAUACCCGCGUGCUAACGUGGGGUUUUUUGUCAGUGUGUGCGUGGCGCCCUCCGCGGACAAACGCGAAUUACUCGGAAAUCCGCUCGUAGUGUGCUGUCUGUGUGUGUUUGUGGAAGAAAUUCCCGAUAUCGGAGAUACCACAAUGCUAAAGGACUUAGCAUCCCUCAUUGUAAAGCACACGGUCCCCUCCCGGCGCCACCUGACCCCAGAGCUGGUCCUCCGACUGGUCACUCCAGAAUGUCCCCUCUGGCGGGCGAAAGAGGACGAGAUCCCCUUCAAGGAUCCCUUUUGGGCCUUCUAUUGGCCAGGGGGACAGGCCACUGCAAGAUAUAUUUUAGACAAUGGAGAAUUAGUAAAAGGCCGACGUGUGCUGGACAUAGGCUGUGGAUGUGGGGCUGGAACAAUUGCAGCUGUCAAAAUGGGAGCCAGUCGAGUUGUAGCCAAUGAUAUUGACCCAUAUGCGAUAGCCGCCACAAGCAUAAACGCUAUAUUGAAUGACGUAGCAGUCGAAACAAAUUCGAACGACCUAAUUGGUACGAAAUGUGAAGAAUUCGAUACAAUAUUGAUUGGAGACAUGUUCUAUGAUGAAGAGUUCGCAAAUGUCUUGUUUGGUUGGCUGCAGGGUGUACGGGGAGAAGGAAAAACUAUACUUAUAGGAGAUCCAGGCCGUCAUGGAUUGACUGAGAAAAGGCGACAGCACAUUGAAUUGAUAGCUAAAUACAAUCUGCCCCCUGAAAGCUGCAUAGAAAACCAUGGGUUCACAGAAACAUCACUUUGGAAACUCAAAUAAAAAGACUUUUUGUACUUAAAA